AUGGCUGUCAAUGGCAUUACAGAAUGCUUCGCCAUGGCCAGUAUGAAUAAUGCUCAACUAAUUCUAUUGUUUAGCUGGCGGCACAUCAGCUCCUUUCUUGGAGAUUGCACUCCUUCAUUUACUACUAUUUUGCCCACGUUUUCGACAUGUGUCUUCUUGUUCUUCUCACUCAUGGCAACGCUAAUCACACUUUUGGUAUUCGGAUCCACGCCGGGUCUUUCUCAUACGUUGGCUCAUGUAGGGGUUGGAGGUGUACUUCUAGUACUAGUUAUUUCCCAUAUUGUUAGCACUGACUAUGUGUUCCAAAUGCUCACUCACAAACUGCAAAAAUAUGCGCCAUGA